AUGCAAGUCCAUGGACAAAUGCCCAACUUUCCGCUCAACCCGAAUGCUGCAGCAUUUGUACCAAGGAACUUCCACCAACCUAAUCCAUCCGGGCAGACCAUGUCGUUUUACUCUGGUGAAGAUGCAGAUGUACGUGCGUAUGAGGCUAUGUACAAUCAGUUCCCAAAUGGAGCUGUAUUAGAAGAAUACAUUCCUUCGCAAGAGUUGCACCACGACAUGGUUCAAAGUGACAAUGUUGUGUCUCUUCAAGAAAUCCAAGUUGGUUUGGAGCAAAUUCUUAGCGACACUGAUGACUUUGACUCAUGGGCCGGAGCUAUUCGAGAUAGAAUGCUAGAAAAACGUAUGUCACCACCGACUCGUGCGGUCGCAGUGCAUAUGAUUUUUGAAAUGGCGGUCUCGGUAGCUUCUCGUCCGUUGUCUGGGAACAACCCGCAACAUACGCUAGCUCGGCUGUUGAAUUUCUUAUGUUUGGAGAUCCCUACUUUACUACGUGACGCCGUGUUGAAGUUGCUUUGUGAUUUCCACGGAAAACGCCUCACAUUUCAUCCAGAGCAUAGAAUCAAUCUAUGUAUCUUCUUUGCGGAGGUCUACGAGAAGAUAGAGAUGGACAACGGAGGCCGUAUAGACAAAGUCGGGGAGGCUUUGUUAGAGCAGCUCGAUGAUUUGUUAAAGCUAGAAAUGAGCGAUAGUCUCAUGAAAACGGUUGUUCAGCUCGUGAAAUUGUGCGGGCGACACUUGGAUUCUUCAAAUGUAACGGAGCCGCAGAUGAACCAACUUCUAACGAAGAUGGUAGCGUUUGCUAAAGGACAUCCACAUCUCAGCGAAAUGGUCAAAACUCAAAUAAUGAGUGUGGUUGAAAUGCGGAAGAACGCAUGGGGAGUGAACUCUCGAGGAGGGAACUCUGAUGCGGUCCCAUCUUCGUCUUCACGGUCUGUACCACAUGUUGACAGUGGUGUCAUCAUUGGUGAAGAUGGUGUUGCCCUAGAACUAAACGAUGAGGAGCGUUCUUUCCUAGAAUCCCAGUUCAACGCGAUGGACGGUUUGGAUGACGCAGAUCAAGAUCAAUCGUUUGACGAACAAGAAGUUCUCAAGGAUUUCGGAGAUUUCGUCAAGGAAGAAGAGGAGCGUAAGACGACCUCAAUGAUGGAAAAGCUGAAAGUAUGCGAAGCUGAAAAGGAAAAGGAUAAUUAA